AUGGAAAUUUAUUAUUUAAAAAAAAAAAAAAAAAUAAGUUAUAAAGGGCUAUUUAUAACAACUUUUUUAACCCAUGGGGGGGCAAACAUAAUUUCUAAAUUUGCCGUUUCACCUUUUGAGAGAAUUGUAAUUAUUAGACAAAUACAACCUGUUUUUUUUAAAAAUAUAUUGAUUCAGCCAAAUUUUACAUAUUUAAAUAUAAUAAAAAGUAUAUAUAAAAACCAAGGGCUUACAUCAUUUUGGUGGGGAUAUAAUGCUAGUAUUUUUAAUUUUCUAUCAUUCAGCUUUUUAAGAUUAUUAUUCCAUGAUCAAAUAAAAUAUCAUUUAUCUGACCGUAUUAAAGAUAAAGAAUAUUUAAAAAAAAAUUAUUUUUUGACAACUUUUUUUUUAUUUUAUACAUCCAGUUCUUUAUCUUCAGCUGUUUCAUACCCUCUAGAUACAAUUCAUAAUUGUAUGGCAUUAAAUCAUGAAAAUCUUAAAAAUAAAAAAUUAUAUAAAAGAGGAGUUUUUUUAUUUAUUUAUGACCAGCUAUUAAAGAGAAAAAUCAGAAAUUUAUAUGCAGGAUACAGUUUAUGCUUAUUAAACUUCAUCCCAUAUUUAACAAUCACAAUUAAAUUGAAUGAAUUAUUUACAAAAUAUUUUACCGAAAUAAAUUUUGAUAAAAAAAAUUACAACUUUCAAAAUGAUAAGAAAAAUAAUAUUACAUUGAACGAAGAAUAUAAAGAAUUAUUUAAAAAAAAUCCAAACUUUUUUUCUUAUAUUGUUUUAGGAGUCUUAACAGGAUAUAUUGCACAAUUUGCUACAUACCCCCUUGAAACUUUGAGGAGAAAAUAUCAAUAUCGUGUUAUGUAUGAACAAAAUUUUCUUAAAUUUAUAAUUCAUAAUAAUAAGUUAAAUAAUAUAAAACCCAAAACAUUUGUAAAUAAAAUGAAAAAUAUGUACAAAGGAUUUACAGUACAUUCCCUUAAACUUAUUCCUGAAUAUUUAAUAUUCAGUUGUUUUUUUUAUUACGUUAAAAAUAAUAUGCCUAUAUAA